AUGAAGUUACCCGUGUUUUGUGUAUUAUUUGUAUGUGUAAUCAGCGUAAAAUCCCAGGAACUGUGCGGAGACUGCUUGAUACUAACCCCAUACAUCAAGAAUGGUAGUACAGACCUCGCAAAGCAACUGUCAGAAGUAAACUCCACUCAAUUUCUAGACAUAAAGAGCCAUUCGGGGUUUAUCACGGUCAAUGAGAAGUACGACUCGAAUCUUUUCUUCUGGUAUUUCCCGUUUAAAGGGAACAUAAGCACCACACCCCUGAUUAUAUGGCUUCAAGGAGGCCCUGGUUAUACAUCGCUAAAAGGCCUGUUUGAUAUUAACGGACCUUUAGAUGUUAGUAGUGGGAAAGUCAAAAAACGUCAAUUUUCUUGGAACUCCGACUAUUCCAUGCUUUUCUUGGACAACCCUGUGGGAACCGGAUUUAGUUUCACGGGCGAUGAUCGAGGCUACACGGAUAAUGAAGAUGAUGUUGGAGAUCAAAUGCAUACAUUUCUGGUCCAAUUCCUGAAAAUUUUUCCGGAGUUACAAGAAGCACCAUUGUUUGUUGCUGGUGAAUCAUACGCUGGGAAAUACGUACCCGCCUUGGCCAUUCAAAUACAUAGAAGAAUGGAAAAGCAUCCAAUUAAUUUGAAGGGUAUUGCAAUUGGUAAUGGCUUGAUAGACCCUCUGAGCAUGCUGCAUUACACCGAAUUCUGUCGAAUACUUGGUCUUCUCGAAAGUCGGGAACUUGAAGUGCUGAAAACAAUUGAAGACAGCGCCAUUCAGGCCAUAAAGGAGGAGAAAAUGUUAGAUGCCGCAUUGGCGUUUAACAAAACCCUGGAGUACAUAAAGAAACACAGCGGCGUAAGUUUAUUUAACUUCAACGAAGAGCAAAACAACAGCGUACCGGCGUUUGAGGAGUUCGUGCAGCGAGAAGAUAUCAGAGCCCACAUACAUACAGGCAAUGCAUCUUUUGAUUUAAAUAAUCAGCUGGUGUAUGAAAAAAUGCAGAUAGAUAUUAUGAAUACAACGAAACCGUUCGUUGAAGAACUUCUGGAGCACUAUGGAGUUUUGUGUUAUAGCGGACAGUUGGAUGUGAUGCUGCCAUAUGGUUUAUCAAUAAACCUCUACUCGAGCUUAAAAUGGUCAAAAAGAGAUGAGUACGUGGAGGCCCCACGACGGCGUCUGCGCAAUGCUGGCAACAAGAGAAUUGUAGCGUUCAAGAAGAAUGGCGGGAAUUUCGCUGAUGUGCUAUUACGGCGCGCGGGUCACAUGGUGCCGAGUGAACAACCAGAAAUCGCCAAGUUUAUCAUUGAUAAAUUUAUUCUUGAAUAUAAAGAUCUAUAA